GAGUUGACAAUCGCCAGUCGAUAGCAAAACAUGAGAGAGUGCUCAUCACGCAGCAAUACGCGUCUACUUAUUGUGGUAAUCGUAAUCGAUCAACGUCUCAGAAUCGACACUUGUCGAUAUUUAAUCGAGAUACUAUCUCGCCGUAUAACGGGCGAUUAACGAUAGGUAAAUACAAUUUAUCCGCUGGCAAAUCUGAAUGUGGAGGACCAAUCCUCAGUAUAUUCGAAUUAACUGAUAGGAGAGAAAGCUUUACGAUCCGCGGAUAAAAUCGAUUAGUGUCUUCCGGCAAACACCUGUCGAUAUCUAAUCGGGAGUCCAUAUCAACGGGUUACAAGCCGCCCCGUCGUAAUCAGCAACUAAUCACUGUAUUUGCUUAAAUGCAUAGCGAAAUACCUAUGUAUAUAUAGAUAUUUACAUAUAUAUUUGCCUGUGUGAUUUUUCAAUUUCGCCAAGACGCAAAACAAAAAAUACAUUGCAUAAGUCACAAGUAAAAACCGACUGGGAAAUAUAGCAUCAACAAAAAGUGUUGUUGCUUAACGUGUCAUGAGUUGGUUAGACCUGUUCCCACAUCUAUGGAGUUUCAUCUAGACAGUGCAGAAUACUGCCAGGCACAGCACAAAUAAAAAGUAAGCAAUCCUACAAAAAGGCGGAGAUAGCCUGAGUAAACACAGUCACCACUUCGGAAGUCGCCAUCGAUAGAUAAGUGGUGUGGAUACCAUCAGAAUAAUACCGUCAACGGAUCAGCUGAAAUAGCGGCGACAGCAGCGGCAUCAAUUAGCCAAAGACUGUCGAUCUAUGGGAGAGAAAGAAGAAUACUAAAUUCAAAGCAUCGCGGUGAUCACAGAUCAUAUCACAGCAAGGAUAUAUUUAAAUUUUUAACAACGAAACCUUGAAAAAGUUGUAAUAUUUUCGAAAACAAAACGGGAACUGAGCCCAAAUCAUUUUUGUUAGCUUAAAAAAUACGUGUGACACUUAACAGGGAACCCUUUUUUCAGUCAAAGAAAAUUGAUUGAUUUUCUUUGUGAUAGCAGAAAAAAUCCAUAAUUGUACUUAAUUGAAAAGAAAAAGAACUAAUUUUACUUAAACGAUACUUAAACUAAGUUUGUGUUUUGGUGUAAAACAUUUAAGAUACGAUACGAAAAGAGUUAAUUAUAUUUAUAUUUAUAUUUAUUUUUUAUACAUAACUCUAGCCUAAACAAGAUUCAAUUGUAAGCCUCUAACACGCUGAAUUUUUAAUCUAGAAAUCAAACUACUUCCGUUAAAAGAAACCAAUCAAAUCUUUGUGAAAACGAAACAAAAACCACACCUCAAGAUUGUAAGAAAACAGACUUAAGUGCACACGAGCCAGAUUAAGUCCUUCAGAACAGCUUUUGUAAUUGUUUAUGAGCAUCACCAUGCGUCAAAAAGAUCUGCGCCCAGCGCCCGCUCUAAUUGAGUACAAGGGCAUGAAGUUCCUAAUCACCGAUCGACCAUCAGACAUAACCAUUAAUCACUACAUUAUGGAGCUAAAGAAGAACAAUGUCAACACUGUGGUGCGCGUGUGCGAACCUAGCUAUAAUACCGACGAGCUCGAGACACAAGGCAUUACCGUCAAGGACCUGGCCUUUGAGGACGGCACCUUCCCGCCUCAGCAAGUCGUUGACGAGUGGUUUGAGGUCUUAAAGGAUAAAUAUCAACAAAAUCCGGAGGCUUGCGUUGCCGUUCAUUGUGUGGCUGGUCUGGGACGAGCUCCUGUCCUUGUUGCCUUGGCACUGAUUGAAUUGGGCUUAAAAUAUGAGGCAGCAGUGGAAAUGAUUAGAGAUAAACGACGCGGAGCCAUUAAUGCCAAGCAGCUGUCCUUUUUGGAAAAAUACAAGCCAAAGGCGAGACUAAAGCACAAAAAUGGUCAUAAGAAUUCAUGUUCUGUGCAAUAGAUUUCCAACACCAUAUGUAUAUUCCCACCAGACAAAAAGUGUUCAUUUUUUCAAAAACAAAAAAAAAAAAUGCAAGCGGAUAGAAAAGCGCAUACACAAAUAUGAAUUGAUAGGCAGCAAUCCGUAAAAUUGAACUAACCACAGAGAGCCCAAAAAUAUGGAAGGAGAAAUUGAGUUACAGCCCCAGUUAUUACUAAACCUCAAAUCUCACAUUGAAAUGUAUUGGCAACAGUUGUGUAAAAUUUGUAUGUAUUAAUUAAUGUAAUUUAUUGUUAUUUUACAAUUCGAUUCAGCCACCCCAUAGCGAGCUAAAAAAAAAACAAUUUAAUUUUGUACCUACAGCAUAUAUAAACAGACUUAUACGCAUAUAUUUAAUUAUGAACGGCCCGAAUACCCCAUUAAAUGGUUGUAGAGGGCUUGUCGAAGUAGUUGAAAAAUAAACAACAUGUUUAAAUGUAAAAUGUAAACAACAGCAAUCACAGCACAUUAAUAAGCAAAGUCAUCGGGAUCUAAGUAAAAGAAAACGGUGCACGCAAAAGGAUUAAACUUAACAUCUAUAUUCUAAAACUGUAAAAUGUACUUAAUCGCAUAUUAGUUUGAAGCUCAGCCCUCAAAAAUUUGCAUUAUUUAUAUUUUGUUUUUUAUCUUCUUUUCACUUCGUCCACUUUUCGCUAUCAAUGGGUGAAGGCAUAUAUCUGAACACUUAUUUGAGUUUUAAUUUUCAAUAGUAAAAAAUACAUUUAUUUAUAUUAGAACCUUCUUUUUUAUAUGCUAAACACCUUGCUUAUUUGACACUACAAUACCAAUCAGCCUCUCACAUAUAUGCAUGAGUUCCAUGCGUGUAUGUGUGAUUCAAAGAUAUAUAUAUAUAUCUAUACAUAUAAUUAAAUAUAUAUAUGUAUUAUAGAACUAUAGAACUACAAAGUUUUACAUUAAUGACUACAUACAUUCAAACUCAAAAAUUGCAAGCAGAUUAAAGAAAUAUUUCAAACAAGCAGCAAGAAAAAAUAAAACAAAAAUUGAGAAAAUGAACAUGCAAAAAAAAAUUAAACCUUAUUGUAAACAACAAAUUAACAAAUUAUAUUGUGUGAAAUGGAGACGAUGAAAAGCACGAAGAAAAAACACAAGCCGAAAAUAAAAACAAAUUUAAUGCUUAUAAAUAAUUUAUCCAAAAUAUUGAAUUGUAAUUUUUUAAAAUGUUAGUCAUUACAAGGAAAUAAAAAUGAUCUAUAUUAAAAUU